AUUUCGCAACUAAAGUUUGUAUACACCGAUGAGACUUUGGGUGGGAUUUUUACAAGUCAGCUGCUUCCGAUUCUUGUAUUUUUUUGGUUUCAGCCUGCGACUUACCGAUUUUCCGCCAUGCCAAUAUAUCCCUGUCUCCUCUGCUUAUCCAGUCUGGACAAAGAUAACCGUCCCCUCCCUGCCAAGAAAGUUACAAUAAAGGCACAAAUUGUCCGACUGUACGACCUGCUCGUCCCCCAACACCGCACUUCCUCCCCCCAUCAAUCAAUCAUUGCAGAAAUCGAGGACACCGACGGAUUCAAACUGUGCCAGAAUUGUUUCUUAUCGGCGAAAGAAAUUGAAAAGAUUAAGCAACAGGUAUCCCAAUUGGAAGAAAAGAUUGUGAAGAAAGUCCAAGAAUUGAGGAAAACCGUGUCAAAUUCGUUUCAAAAAGAUGAAACAAUUGGGGAGAGUUUACAAAAAGUUCGAAAAUCGUUACUUUCCCCAGACGAAGAAACUGAGCAGAUUCUCCCCGACUUUGAGAUCAAAUUAGAGGACGAAUCGUGUUUAAUGAACAAUCAUGAAGAACAAUUCCCCCCACAAAACGAUAUUCCCUGUCCUCCGUCUCCCACCCCCUCUAAUCAUUCAGAUGAUAAGGAAGACCCACUUCUCUGUUCAGAGGAUAAGGACGACCCACUUUUCUCUUUAAAUGAAGGUGACGAAUUAACCGACUCUGGAGACGAUGAUCAUACUACGAGCGACGACGAUUCUGAUUUCUGUAUAACUCCAGAUAAUGAUGAAACCACAGGAAAUCAAAGCGUGUCCAAAUCCGACCAAGAAGACCCACCUUAUUCCCCUCCGAAACCAAAACGUAGCAAAAAUGAUGACAAAUCCCGUUACAAAUACUCGUGUGGGGUGUGCCUUUCAAAAUUUCGCCGGGCGAGACUACUCCGCCUCCAUUUGCGAACAGAGCACCAAGGUUUUUGCCAAUUUCAAUGUCAAGUUUGCCAAAACAAGUACGAAAGCCAGGGACUUUUGGACUCUCACAUGAUCGUGCGGCACGAAACGGAGGAAAAAUCAUUUUUCUGUACGAAAUCAGAAUGUGGGAAGGGUUUCACGCUGGAGCUUAAUUUUCUAAGUCACAUGCGGCGACAUAAAGUCGAUAAGAGCAAAAUCGUCGUGUGUUCCGUUUGCGACGUGAGAUUUGUAAAUCAAGCCUACUUGGAUAAACAUGCAUCGGUGCAUGCGACCUGGAAGUGUGAUUUUUGCGAAAUAACGCUCGGAACUAAAAACUCGUGGCAAAGACACGUGCGUACCCACACUGGCGAAAAACCGGUCAAAUGUGACCAAUGCGAGGAAUCAUUUAUCGACAAACGUACCAGAAGAAAACACGUGAUUCGCCGCCACACUACCGUACAGCACCUUUGUUCCCUUUGUGGGAAGGGAUUUCCGUUCAAAUACUCUCUAAAACUCCACGUCCAGAAAGUUCACGAAAACCUGAAACGAUAUGAGUGUUCCGAAUGUGGGGAAAAAUUCCAAACUGGAUCCUCCCUAAAAGCACACACCAUCCGUGAGCACAAUGCCGACCCGUUCGUUUGUGACGAGUGCGGUGACACUUUUACGGGAACAGAAGGACUCAAAUCGCACAAAGUUCUUCACAGUGGGAUAAAAAAGCACCAAUGUCAUAUUUGUGGGGCCGGAUUUUAUCUUAAGAAAGCGUUAACCCAGCACCUCGUAUCCCACUCGGACGUUAGAAAUCACAUCUGUCACGCUUGUGGAGGAAGAUUCAAGGCUAAAAAGAAUUUAGAUCGUCAUCUAACGAGAGUUCAUAAAUUAGAUGUCGAGAAAACACGGGAGGUUGGUGGAUUACGGAAAAAGCGACAAAUGCAACCGGAGGUCGUAAGGUCCGAAAGACCGAAAUCGAAAUGUUGAGUGUUGCCUGAGAGAGGGGAAUUUCGAUGAAAACUUGUUAUUUCCGAUUAAUGGUAUAUUUAAUUUAAUAAAUGCCAAUUUUUUAUGUAACAUAAUAUAUACUGAGGCAAUUCACGCGGGCCUUGGUAACUAGUAAAAUCCUUACUUUUGUACUUUAAAUAAUUUUUCAAACCUUUACAAAAUAAUGAGACGCACGUGAUCUAUGUGCAUAAGUUUUAAAAAAAUUGUAACCUAAUUUUCCUCGGAAACAUUUGUAAAAUUAUGUAAAAGUGUACAAGUUUACAGAUUUCACGGAGUUUACAAUGUUACCACUAAGGACUGUGUGAAUUGAUUUAUUAUGUACUCAUUUUUUAAGAUGAUUUAUUUGCCAAAUGAAUUACCACGAUAAAUAAGGCGUUCAGGAUAUUUUAUUAUCAAGACAAAUUUUGACGAAGUAAUUUAUAAAUACAUUCAAUCACAACUUAUUCCAAUUAAUGGCAAUCUAUUAAAUAUAUAUUUCUUUAAUUGAUGAA